GUUGCUUUCGGUGCCACGACUCGCCGUUCCUUGUCCAUCUUGUGGAGCAAGCAGAAUCAGUCGGUCGUGGUGUCAUACUAAGGCUUCACAGCGCACACACAUGUGUCUCACGCCUCGUUUGGUCUUCCGCAGCACGCCGUCGAUGCUGUAAGGCGCUCCAAUCUGCAGACUGAGCGCUGUAAGAUCUCGCGAGAGCUCCGGCGUUCGCUGUGACUGGCCGUGGCUUUGCAGCAGACAGAGGGAGAAGGCAGGCAGGCAGCAUCAUGGCGGACAGAGACAGUGGUAGUGAGCAGGGAGGAGCAGCCACGGGCCCAGGCUUCGGUUCCAUGCACCCAGCGACAGGAGGGGCGGGCUCGGCUUCCGGGCUCCAGCAUGAGACGCAAGAGCUGGCGUCGAAGCGAGUUGACAUCCAAAACAAACGCUUCUAUUUGGACGUUAAGCAGAACGCGAAAGGCCGCUUCUUAAAGAUAGCAGAAGUCGGGGCCGGUGGAAACAAGAGCCGCCUCACUCUCUCCAUGUCGGUGGCUGUCGAGUUCCGUGACUACUUGGGGGACUUCAUCGAACAUUAUGCGCAGCUGGGUCCGAGCAACCCGGCGCUGGUACAAGACGAGCCCAGGCGAGCACUCAAAAGCGAGUUCUUGGUCCGGGAAAAUCGCAAAUACUACAUGGAUCUGAAAGAGAACCAGAGGGGACGGUUUCUGAGGAUUCGACAGACCGUUAACCGGGGGCCCGGUUUGGGGUCCACGCAAGGCCAGACCAUCGCUUUGCCGGCCCAGGGACUUAUUGAGUUUCGUGACGCUUUGGCUAAACUUAUUGACGAUUACGGUGUAGAGGACGAACCUGCAGAGUUGCCCGAAGGGUCAUCAUUGACUGUGGACAACAAACGGUUUUUCUUCGACGUCGGAUCCAAUAAGUAUGGUGUGUUCAUGAGGGUUAGCGAGGUGAAGCCAACGUACCGCAACUCGAUUACGGUGCCCUACAAAGUGUGGUCCAAAUUCGGGAAUACUUUCAGUAAAUAUGCCGAGGAGAUGAAGAAGAUCCAGGAGAAACAACGGGAGAAAAGGGCAUGCGAGCUGCAGCAACAAGAGGAGAUGCAGGCAGACGAUGCAGAAGAGGAUUGAUAUAGAUGGCAAAAAAAACAUGCAAGAAUAACGAAAAUAACAAGAGAAAUAUAAUUAAAAACUCUACUGUAUAAAGAAAGAAAUCUAAAGAUUUAACUGUAAUGGUUUAACUCCAAGGGAGCAUCACCCACAAUAUAAGAAACCUCCACAACCUGACAGUUAUGACAUGUUGUCACUCAUCGCUGGAUGUUAUCCCACUUAUCCACCAUAAUACAGUAACAGGCUGCUAAACAAAGUAAUAACAUUAUAUUUGAACAUUGUUUCCUACUUGACAAACAAUAUUGAACUGAGUGUUUAUUUCCCUUAUUAACAGAACUUUUGUACCAGUUAAAGCUAUUGUAAAAAACAGUAAAAGGUGUCUGCAUUGUUCAAGCGGAAUAAUUGCAGAGGACAAACGGUUUCCUUUUCAUGUGAGCAAAUGACUUCAGCACAAAUCAGAUAAUUUAAUUUUUAAAACCAAAAUUCAAAAACUUUGUAAGAGGUUGUCACAUGUACAUGCCAUUCUAUUUACCUUUUACAUGUGAAUAGAGAUGUGUUUACACAUAAAUCAUAUGAGGGCUAGGCCUGCUUCGGAAACUGGUUAGAUGUCAUGCAGUAUAAAAGAAACAUAUAGGCAUUUUCAUCAAAUGAAAUAAGUGCUCUAUUUCUCGUGCAAUAUGCAUUGCAUUCAAAUCAAAUAUAUUGAACUGAUCGAUGGAUCCUCACAUGAUGACGUUUGCCUGAGGCAUUCAAAGAAAUAUUAAUAUUGUAAUUUUGUUUCAGUUGAAAUUGUUGCCAUGCAGAUGGAUAUAUUGUAGACCUUUUUGUGUCUCGUUGUUAAUGCAAUGUGUUAAUUUUUAAAGGUACUAAAUGUGUAAUUGAUAGAGGAAACUCUGUGAUAUGUUGCAAAUGGCCUGAAUUUGCAGAUUACUGAAUAAGACCAACGCCCUACACUGAUUUGACUUACUGGUCUUAAAAAAGAGGCAGAAAAUCAGCAGAGCAUUAUUUUGGUUUGUACAUCUAAAGCAUUUUGUGAUCUGUUCAGUCAUAGAAGUCCAAAUGUUGCCAAGGAGUGCUGUUGCUGCAUGUUAAUCUGCGCUAACAUAGAUCUUGUUGGUUUCCCUAAAUAUUGGCUCAAGGACCCUUCCACACAUAUAUCUAUAUAUAUAUCUAUAUAUAUAUAUAUAUCUGCCUGCAGUGUAUGAAUCUCAAGUUUGAGUACAGAGUGAUUUCCAUUCAAAGGCUUGGUGUUGUUGUAGUGGAAGUUGUUUCACAGCGCAUUCAAAAGGAGCAACCUCGCAAACAAAUCAAAACAUCGCCAUAACACUCUGGGUAGGACCACCGUGGAGCACGGGAUAAACCAAGGUGAAAAGGGUUCAAUUCACCCGCCUGAACCUUCAGUAGUGUGUCAGUGGAUUUGCACAUUCCUACAAGUUUAAAAUCUCAAGGUGUGAAGUUCAGUGGCGCUAUCUGGACACAUAGCGCUGCUUGAGAUUGGUUAGCCCAUAUAUCUACCCGGGGCUGAUGAGAUUCUGUCUUGGUCUAUUUGUAAAUAUUUGGGCUGCCACGCGGAAAACAACUGGUUCUAAACCAGUUCAGUCGCAUCUCAUAGAUGUGUGAUAGCAGUUUUAUAAACUCUGUCAGUAAACUCCAGAGAAACUGGCAACAAUCAGAUACUGUCAGAUUUACCUCAGCAUUGAAUUAAAUGACUGCUCCCAUGUUUAGAUUGACUGGAAACCAGCAAACUAGACAGUUCUUGACCACCUAUUUCUUGAGCUUAUGGUACGGCCUAAAUGAUACCUGAUUGGGAGCAUCCUCUUCAGCAUAUAAACAACCUGGUGCCUUACACGCUCUGCAUGCUUACACGCUGGCCUGGUGCUUUGGAUUGCAGUUUGGCUUCUUUUAGUUAUCGUUUCCUCUCUUUCUUCCAUUAUUGUGUCCCAGCCCUCUUGUGUGCUAGCGCACAACUCGUGGUGCUAAAAAGGGUUUGUUAAAAAACUCUUGAGAGAAUAGUUGGUGCAGAAUUCUUAAGGUUUUUUUUUCUGCUACCUUCCUUCUUUCCUAACUUAUUUGCCAUCCCCAUUCCCUAGCCAUCCAGGUAUCGGCCUACAUGUAAACAUGGAAGGGGGUGGUCACCUAAACGAGAGAUGAUGCAGAGGAGUUGGCUCUUUACUAGCCUAGCGUGUCAGCGGGGAGAGCAGGGGCAGAUUGGGAACAUUCGGUAGUAAGCUGAAAUGCUAUGAGUUGUUUCUGGGACGUCAGCCCCCUUUUUGAAAUGCUCGUUCUAUGGCUUGGGUAGCUAUGUGUUAGUUGUAAGUCGCUCAAUUAAUGGGGAGCAGCAAGCAUGUCUUGUUUUUUUCGUUUAACCUUUUCAGCGUUAUUCCACAUUAUUUGUAAUUUUGGAAUGUUUGCGCCCACAAAAAAAUAUAUCUAUUUUUUUUCUGUGCAACAUUUCAUCACUGUGUGCAAUAUCGUAUGUGCCAAUGGUGGCAAUAUAUGUAUAUCAAUUAAAUAUAUAAUUACUAUUGUAAAGCAUGUGGCUGAAUUCCAUGUUUAUUUCUCAUGAAGGAGUUGUAUGCCUUUAUUUGCACUCAAAGCUCCAUCCUGGAGGAAAUAGUAAACCAAGGUCUUAGCAGCCUGUUGGGUUAAGCAGUUCACAUACGUACUUUAACUUGAAAUAGAACAAUGUCACUGCAAGUAUGCCUCUCUUUAGGAACAAGGUAAACUUGGAAUGGGUUGUUGAAGGUAAACUAUAAAACACAAUGGAGUUUUAUUUUGUGAAAAGGAAAACUUAAAAAAAAAAAAGUGAAAUCUCCAUUUUAGCUUCAAGCUAAGAAAAGGUGCUUCAGUCCAAUUCUCAUUAAGGUGUAUGGUGAACUGUCUUCAGUGGUUGUUGUGUGUGUAGCACUUUGCUUUUUCCAGGUUAAUGAAAUGCCUGACCAAUACUUGUUUAAAAUGAUCUCAACAAAGAAUGUCAUUUUCUCUUUAUUUUCUUUUUUUAAAGAUAAAGAAGUAUUUGAUUUGGCUUUGAUGCACUAUAUAUAAUUUAUGUACAUUUGACAAAUUUCCAAAAUAAAUUUAAUUUACCCAAUGAGGGAAAAUCUACAUUCAAAAUGUAUGUUUGUUUUUUUUUUUCAUUUAAUGUUGGGAGAAAAGAAACUUCCCGAAAUGUCGACGAGUCCCUGAGGAAAAGUAUGUUUAAUUUUGAUGUAGUGUUGUCCACAAUGUCUGACUCUACAUUUACAAUGAUACUAAUUACUAAAGCUUAAUUUUACAGCCUUUUAAAAUGCAAACUUUGCAAUGACAAGUUACUGAUUACUCAUGUCUUAGAGAUUUCUACAUAAGUACUGUAUGUAUAAUACCAGGCUGUAAAAUAAAGCAUUACCUUGUUCUCUAAUCA